AUCUCUUUGCAUUAGCCACAGCGCUUAAGCUCAGCUAGCUAACAGCAACAAACACAGCAGCCGAGACGCCAAUCUGGAGCUUUCCCCAAACGCAAACUCAAUAUCCAGGGCUAAAAUGGCCUCUUUGGGAGAACCCGUGCGUCUAGAAAGAGACAUAUCUCGUGCCAUUGAGCUGCUGGACAAACUCCAGAGAACGGGGGAAGUGCCUCCCCAGAAGCUGCAGGCGCUGCAGAGGGUUUUGCAGAGCGAGUUCUGCAAUGCCGUGCGGGAGGUGUAUGAGCAUGUUUAUGAGACGGUGGACAUAAAUAGCAGCCCAGAGGUGAGGGCGAAUGCAACAGCAAAGGCUACAGUGGCUGCAUUUGCAGCGAGCGAGGGUCAUUCUCACCCACGUGUGGUAGAGCUCCCUAAAACCGAGGAAGGAUUGGGGUUCAACAUCAUGGGUGGAAAGGAACAAAACUCACCCAUCUACAUCUCCCGUAUCAUUCCUGGAGGCAUCGCCGAUCGACACGGUGGUCUGAAGAGAGGAGAUCAGCUGCUGUCCGUUAAUGGAGUGAGCGUAGAAGGAGAGCACCACGAGAAAGCCGUGGAGCUGUUGAAGGCUGCUCAGGGUACAGUGAAGCUGGUGGUACGGUACACCCCUAAGGUUCUCGAAGAGAUGGAGUCGCGCUUUGAGAAGUUGAGGUCUGCCAAACGCCGGCAACAGAACAACUACCCCCAGUAGGGCGUCUCGCCUGAGCCCUCCGCCCCUCCCAUCUCUCUCUCUCUCUCUCUCUCUCUCUUUCUCACUUUCUCUUUCAUUGUCUUUAAUUCUUCUGCCAUCUGUCUUCCUCGUUCACACUCGCUCACCCCCUUUCUCCAGCCAGGGAUUAGCCACAUGUUUGGCACUCCUUUUUGUGAAAAUUUUCUAAAUCCUCACCUCCUCAACAGUUUUUUAACAGUCUUUUCACACACUUCUUUUUCCUAGCAUGAACACUACUACAUUGGCUCUGGAUGUCGUCAUGUACACACACACACACACACACACACACAUGCACUGUUGGUGCAUUGCUAAGAAUGUACUGUCAUUUGGGAUGUUGAUUAGUUAGAUAUGCAAAGGGACCAUUUGCAAUGUUCAACUCCUGAGGUCAUCUGAAUGAAAAUGUCAAAAGUGCCUCAAGAGAUUUACAAAAAAAAAAAAAAAAAGAAAGAAAAAAGUCUGCAGCCCCCACUAUGUCCCAUCGUAGGCUGAGUUUUAUGGUCCAAGCACAAAACGAGUGAACACUAGCAUCAUGUUAAAAUGCAAAAUCACUUAAAGAAUCAUUCUCUCAAAAUAAGCAUUGAGUGAAGGGUUUGUUUUUUUACUGUUUGCCCACAUAAAAAGGAAGAAUUCAUCAGAAAUUUCUCAUUUUGAGUCUCCAGAGAGAUAAAUGGCAGAGCGGUGACACAAGCAUCCCAUCAGUCCUGCUGUUUCAAACACAAACUGUCAGCUGUAAAUAUACUUUUAUACAAAAAAUGUCAGUCUGAUAUCGCUGACUGAUCCGAACUGAUUCACAUGUUUACAGUACAAACCCGACACCUUUUUUCCUCGGCUUCCUUUUUCGGCUCUUGAGUUCAAUAUCGUCCUGCGUCAACAAGAAUAUUAAACUAUUUGGCUUUGUUUGGGGUUUUAGAGCUACAAAACAUGCUCCCAAUUACUCCAUUUGAACAAUCCUCUUUAAUUUUAAUAAGGGAAUAUUGCGGAUUUGCAUUGUUCAUCAGAGUGGCGGUUCAGAGGAGAUGUUUGUGGCACCGUUUGAGUGUUAGAUGCGUAGAAAUUUGUUGAAAGUAAACCGUUUCGUAGCAUAUGCCCCUUAAAGCACACAGAAACACGAUGAAGCAGUCACUAGCUCUUAUUUAGGCUUGCGUUUUGUUUGUAGAAUUUAAGAUUUUAAUUUAAAUCCUCACAGCAGAAACACUAAAUUUAAAAGCGUAGGGGGAAUUGUUUAUGGCUUUCUUUCUGUUUUCACAACGCUUUCUGAAUGUUAAUGUGGCACAUGCCUUUCAGUCAGCUGUGGGUCCGUGUUAUACCCAGGCCACGCUGAUCAUCACAAAGAUCUGCAUCAUGUUUCAGGAUCGGUUCACCUAAAUGGUUAUAUUAGCUUAUCACGAGGUAGCAAUAAUGAGCAUAAUGCUAGCAAAACAGUAACGAAUGCAUAAAUGAAUGUUAAAGAACCCCAAUCUUAUUAACAAUUCAUUAUAUGAGACCUGUCUAAAUGAAGCUCAAGUUAUUUAGACUUUUUUUUUUUAUUUAAUUGAUUUUUUUUUUUUUUAUUGGUGCUGUCAUUUUUUUAAUUUUCUCUAAUUUAUUUUGUCCCUUUUUUUUUCUCUCAAAGUUCCUUUUUUGACCAAUAAUUUUUCUGGAAAGUCUGUAAUUAACACAAAGAGAACCGGAUCUGGAGCUGAGAUUUGACCAGGUCUUCUCCAGAUUCUGCACUUCCAUUACAUUCAUGACUUAAGAUUCAUCUCUACUUGUUCACAUUACAACCAAUGUUUUAAAAUUUUUUUAAAAUUAUUUAAUUGAUAUGUUUUUUUUUUUUUUUUCAAGGUUCAUGUCAUAAAAGUAGUUUCACACUGCACUUUCUCUGUGUACUAAUUUUCACAUGUUAAAAAAUGCAACACGCUUGAUGUAUUUUUAACCUCAAAUGCAGGUAUUUUCAGUGUCUGACAAGCUUGGAAAAAAAAAACGGCUAUUUUUCUCAGUCUCUCAUAAAAUAUUUAACGUGUCUAAUUAUAGAGGCCCAUGACUCACCCCUAGCUGUGAGAUACGUAGGUGUUUUGGGGGUGAGAGAUAAAAGGGAGGUCUGAUGUCUUGCAUGAAGGAAUCAUGUCUUAUUGACGAAAAAAAAAAGAAUCAAGAGAUCUUUUCUCUCUGUGGUGUAUACGGUGCUCAGGUUGGUUCUUACAACAAUAUCAUAAAUUUUAAAGCAUCAUGUAUCACAAGCAAUAAUGAGACAUGAAGCAUUUCCUAUCAACAUCAUCAUCAUCAUCAUCAUCUCAAACAGCUUACAUACUCCCCAUCCAUACUUGGAUUUGUCCACAGGGGGGGCUGAUUAACUAUUUUUAUAACCAUUUUCUUUUGAUAUUUUACCCCUUUUUGAUAAAGCGAUUUUUUUUUUUUCCAGGAAUGCUUUGUAUUGAUUUAUCUAGACCAUAUUCUCCCUGUUAUUCAGGUAACAAGACCAAACUUGCAUCCGUUCUGGGAGCUGGUCAGCUAGUUUGGACUGUUUUUAAGAAACUGUUGUUUUAUUGUAUUAUUUGACAUUUCUGUCCUGCUGUAUUGUUACAUUUAAUGUGGAUGUACAAAGACUGAUCAAAGUGAUUUGUUUUGAGGAUACAGAGUUUAAAUAUACUGUGGGUUUAAAACCUUG